UUUGUCUCGGCGCCGGCCACGACUUCCGCCUUAGGGCGUUUUUCAGCAAUUCCAGUUGAGACAUUUAUCUGCCAGAGCUCACAGGGUAAAGCGGUAAAGCAGCUGACCUGGAGCGGCCAAUCUAAUUAUGCAAUGUCCUUCGCUUCACUGCCGACCUCUAAGAUCAAAUUACUCAAUCCUUAUAUUUCGUACCAAACGUGACAACCAUGACCACACUCGGAGUCGAUACUGCUCGGGAGGCUUCUUCCGGGAAAACCCGGGCGCAAUGGGAGACUGAGCACCCGGUCCUCUUUCUCCUUAGUCCCCAGAAUGAUGCAGCGCAUGCAGUCAUGGCCCAUGAUCCGAAUCCAGAAAGGCUGAGACAGUCCAAUCCCCAGCCCACCGAACCGAAAAAAUAUCGGAUUCUCGCGCGCGCGUCAGACAAGAUCGUCAAGCCAGGAGCCGUUCUGACCCUAGGGACGGGACCCGGAAACCACUUUGUUCUGCCCACGCAAAAUGACUAUAAAGAGGAGCAUUGCCAGUUCAUCCUCCACCCCAAGUCGGAGGAGCUGAUCGUUCGGGACCUAUCUGGGGGAAACACCAAUGUAGAAGUGUCAAUCCACGCCGAACAUGAAACGACAGCCCCUCCUAGCCACUUCGUAAUUCGAGACGCCGGCAGUUCCAGACAAAUGGCGAUUCCAUCGUUAAAGGAUUCUCGCAUGACCAUCACUGUGCGGCUAGGAUCGUCCCGGGGUAAUAACAGCAAGACUGCCGACUUCUGCUUCACUUGGGACAAGGCAUUCUCCACACCUCCCGACUUACACCUGAGCUUUACGAAGGCAUUCUCUAAUACGGUUCAGGGGCAGCCCAGCCGCCUUCUACUUCGGGCGCAAGCCCUGCACUACAGCGCCAAAAACCAUCCCAUCUUGCCGCUUGCGAAGCCUCUGAGCAACCCGAUCCCCCAUUUGCACUGGUAUGAUUAUGACCUGAAAUACAGCCAUGAGCAGAUCAGUUACGGGGGACUCAUUUCCUGGAAGUUGGGCAGGGCGCUGGAUCUGCAAACCGGAGGGUUAUACUGCAUCAAAUAUCCAAAACAAUACCUUGACAGAGAAGAGCUCGAUAUGCGACGUGAAAUUGCAUUCUUUGAGGGCGAUAAAAAGCUCAAACAUGAUAAUAUUCUUGAGGUAUUCCAGCUCGAGCAAGACCCAACCACCCAGAUCCGGAGGGCCGGUUCCCUCAUUACCGACGGCUUCGACAUGACUUUGGAGGUUCUGAUCGUUGACGCGGCACGUAAUCACUAUACUCACUAUGAAGACAAAGGCGAGGGGGGCUGUUGCGCAAGACCCAGCCUAGAUGAACGGCCCGAGUGGGUGCCGGACCUGGUCGAGGACUUGGUAAGCGUCCUCAAGUACACGCACGCCAGGAAAAUCACGCACCGGAACAUUUCGCCGGCCACCGUGGCGGUGAGGCUGCUCCUCCCGCACGGGGGCUCGCCGCCCAAAACCGCCGGCGGGGGGCACGAGCGAAAGUUCUCCUUCUUGCUGAAGGACUUUGGGUCGGCCGUCGACCGCACCGAGAAGGCGCCCCAGGUAACAUCAGCCACGUAUCUGCCCGCGGCGUUUUCCUACGAGCCCCCGGAGUCACGAAUGUCGUCGGCAGGUAGAGAGUCGGAAAAAUUCGACCUAUGGCAGUUCGGUGUGCUGAUGCUCGAGGCCACUAGCCUAGUUUGCGAAUCAGAGUCCACAAUGGAUGAUCGGUUGUGGUCCAUCAAGCUCGGAUGGAUGGGCAUUCCAGGAGCCAACGUUUUGAAGCCGCCGCAGGCUGUUCCCAAAGUAACGGGCGUCUUCGACAUCGCAAACAUGCCUCCGUCGCAUCCGCCGGCGGGGCCACGGCGUGAGGGGGAGGCUGCUUGGAACGAACAACUAAGACAGCGCUGGUGGGACCGCAUGGAUGGCUUCGCCCAGGCAGCCAAAAAGGCCGGGGCACACUCGGAGGCACCAAAGAAGGCGCCGGGAGCGGCGGAGAGGAAGGACCUCGGUUCGGGCAAAGAGGCGAAACUGGAGGAACCGUGGAGACCUUCGAUCCAGCCGACGUGGAUCACCCGCUUUCUUUUUAGCAACCCCUCGGAACGGGGCUCCAUAGAGGAUGUACACAUGGAGGAAUACAUUAAGCUGGAUAAAGAACAACGAGAGGCGAAGCAGGCAGGCGCUCGGCCGACUGCCCCGGUUGUGCCGUCGGUACCCAUUAGACUCCCGGUGGGCGGGACCCAUAGAUAGGUACUCUUAGUUAGUAUUUAUCGGGGAGCUGAUGGGUUUCUUUCACCCAAGUAAGUGAAGUGGUUGUGUAAGCCUCUUAAGGUUAGGGGUUUUGGCUAUUUUUAUUUUUGUUCAAGGUGGCUUACUCCGUUAGUAUCGUAUGAGAUUUUAGAA